UGGGGGUUCGCGGAGUAGGGGGUCGGCGGUAGGUCUCGGGGCCGGGGGACUGCGCGGAGUCGGGGUGUCGGCUGGCCGCGCCGCGUUGGGCGGGGCAGCCUGCGGUUGCGGGGUGCCGGCUCCGCGCCUCCCGGCGUUCGGUCAGUUUCUGUCGAGCAUCUGCCCGCACCCGAGGGACGGGGCGGCGUGGGGGACAAACGGUAUUCGGGAGGACCGCGCUCGCGGCCCCCUGCCCCGACCUUCCCGGUGCGCAGGUGUGUGCGGCGUAAUUCUGGAUGUUGCACUGAGUGAGCUGACAGUGGGCCGUCGCCAUUUCAUUGACGUUUAGGUGGUGUCCAGUUUUUUGCCAUUAGUAUACCUCCAUGAAUAACUUAAAUGACCCCCCAAAUUGGAAUAUCCGGCCCAACUCCAGGGCUGAUGGGGGUGAUGGAAGCCGAUGGAAUUAUGCCCUGUUGGUUCCAAUGCUGGGAUUGGCUGCUUUUCGUUGGAUUUGGUCUAGGGAGUCCCAAAAAGAAAUAGAGAAAGAGAAGGAAGCGUACCGUCAGAGAACGGCUGCUUUCCAGCAGGAUCUGGAAGCUAAGUACCACACCAUGAUCUCAGAAAAUCGGCGUGCUGUUGCUCAGCUAUCUUUGGAACUUGAAAAGGAACAAAACAGAACAACUAGUUAUCGAGAAGCCCUUAUCUCUCAGGGGCGAAGGUUGGUAGAAGAAAGGAAACUGCUAGAACAGGAACGCGCUCAGGUCAUGCAAGAAAAGAGACAGUUGCAGCCCUUGAGAAAUGCGUACCUGAGCUGCCUGGGACAGGAAGAAGACUGGCAGAGGAGAGCCAGGCUUCUGCUGAAAGAGUUUGAAGAUGCUCUGACGGAAAGACAGAAUAUCUACUGCAGCCUGCUUCUCCCUCGCCACAAGCGACUGGAAAUAGAGAAGAGCUUGCUGGUUCGAGCAUCCACUGACCCUGUUGCUGCUGACCUAGAGAUGGCAGCUGGCUUGACUGACAUAUUUAAGCAUGAUACAUACUGUGGGGAUGUCUGGAAUACCAACAAACGCCAAAAUGGGAGACUCAUGUGGCUAUAUCUGAAAUAUUGGGAAGUAAUUGUUGAACUGAAAAAGUUUAAGAAAGUAGAGAAAGCCAUACUAGAAAAGUAAGAGAAGACUGGAAUAAAGCCUCUUAACAACUCAAAGUCAGAUGGUCGUUGUGGCAUUCUGGGCUAUCCCAUGUUUUCUCCUGUGCUGUGGCCACAGAGUGGCCUCCCACUCCUGCCAACCUCUGAGCAGGACAGCGAGGCCUCAGGAGACAAAGGGUUUGCUCCUUGAUCCUCUUCAGCUAUUAAGGACACAGUUUCUCAGAAGCAUUUUUUAAGCUGUUAAUAUUUUAUUAAGCAGAACAGUGUAACCUCAUAUGUUAGGUCUAGGGUAAAAAUUGUUUUAAGAAUGUCAAAUACAGUAUUGAUCCUCAAUAUAAAUAAUUUUCUGUCUGGUUUUAUCACUUCCUAAAUAAAGCAUGUUUUCUCCUCGAAUUAUUUUUCUCUCUCCUAAAAUUGCAUUUAAAAGUUAUCAGGUAGUGGAUGACUUGCUUACAGAUGAUAACAAAAAGUAGUAAUAUCAUCAAGGUUUUGUAUUGUUUUGGAGCUCUCUGCCGCCAAAGGGAAGAAAAGUAUUUCUCAUAUCCAGUUGAUACCCUAAUGUGUGUUUGGGAUUUGGUUUGUGUCUGUAUUCAGCAAGCAGAUACUAUUUAUUACCAAUGACAUAUAAUAAUAAAUACCUGCAAUUUAAAAGCAA